CAAAGAAAUUGAUUUUUCAUUAAAGGUUCUUCAAGUUCUCUAUAAAAAUAGAGAAUAAAUCUUCUUGGCCACCUCAACAUCUUAAGCUGGCCGGCAGUUGCCAUGUUUCUUGACUCUUUACCUUUUGUUGCCGUCCUGCGGAGCAGUGUGGUUGAUAUUGGUGCGAGGAGAAGUUUCACCAGCUGUUAUCCAAAGAAGACUAAUCAGAAGCAUGAAGCUACCCUUUCCUUCCCUCGCUCAGGCCCCAUUCUUAAAUCACUAUGUGUUUGCCUCUCCCCUUCUACGACUCCAUCGGUAAUGACAGAGGGAAAGAAGCAACCUUUUGAUGCCAAUGAAGCUCCUUCGCUAGUUAAGGAACUUAAAGAAAGCUUCAGAACUGGAAGGACAAGGAGUUACGAAUGGCGAGUGUCACAAUUGAAGGGUAUUGAAAAGAUAGUUGAGGAAAGGGAGAAGGAUAUUUCGGAAGCCCUUUAUAAGGACCUCUCAAAGCCUGAGUUUGAAGCCUUUGUUUCUGAGAUUGCUGCGGUAAAAUCGUCUUGCGAGGAGGCACUUAAAGAAUUGAAACAAUGGAUGAAGCCAGAAAAGGCCAAAACUUCAAUGACAGCCUAUCCUUCUUCAGCAGAAAUUGUGUCAGAACCUCUGGGAGCUGUGUUGGUAAUCUCAACUUGGAACUACCCGUUUUUGUUGUCAAUUGAUCCGGUAAUAGGAGCUAUCGCAGCUGGAAAUGCUGUGGUAUUGAAACCAUCAGAAAUUGCUCCAGCCACAUCUUCACUGCUUUCAGAAUUAUUUGAGGAAUAUCUAGACAACUCUGCUGUUAGAGUUGUCGAGGGAGCUGUUCCUGAAACGGCUGCAUUACUUGAGCAGAAGUGGGACAAGAUAUUCUACACAGGCAGUCCAAGAGUAGGGCGCAUUGUGAUGACUGCUGCAGCAAAGCACCUUACUCCUGUUAUCCUAGAACUUGGAGGAAAGUGUCCAGUUGUUGUUGAUUCUGAUGUUGACUUACAAGUUACUGUAAGGAGGAUUAUAGCUGGGAAGUGGCAACUGAACAAUGGACAAGCUUGCAUUAGUGUUGAUUAUAUCAUAACAACAAAAGAUUUUGCCCCAAAGUUGAUCGAUGCACUACGGAACGGAAUAGAAGAAUUUUUUGGAGCAGAUCCAAUGGAAUCGAAAUACAUAUCCCGUAUUGUGAGUUCAAACCAUUUUUCACGUUUGGAAAGACUCUUAGAUGAAGACAAGGUUUGCAACAAAAUUGUGGUCGGAGGCCAAAGGAAUCAGAAGAAACUAAAGAUCGCUCCAACCAUAUUCUUGGAUGUUCCUGAAGACUCUCAACUGAUGCAGGAAGAGAUAUUUGGGCCAUUGCUUCCUAUUAUCACUGUUGAAAAUGCGAAAGACAGUAUUGAUCUGAUAAAUUCGAAACCAGAGCCUCUUGUCGCGUAUCUCUUCACCAAUAAUCAGAAGCUAAGGAAUGACUUCGUGCAAAAUGUCUCCUGUGGAGGAAUGGUUAUCAAUGACACCGUGCUGCAUGUUACAGUUUCCAGUUUACCCUUUGGAGGAGUUGGGGAGAGUGGAAUGGGAUCUUACCAUGGUAAAUUUUCUUUUGAUGCUUUCAGUCACAAGAAGGCAGUUCUAUACAGAAGUUUUAGUGGAGAUUCACCUGUCAGAUACCCACCAUAUACACCAGAAAAUAAGAAGUUGAUGAGGGCUGUGAUGAAUGGUGGCAUACUUGAUAUAAUUCUUGCUUUGAUGGGAUGGUCUAGAGAUUGAAUACAUGAAUUGAAGAUUUUUUUUUUUUUUUGUUGGUUACCCCUCUCUUGAAUGCGUUUUUAUUUUUUCAAGUCUCAACUGUUCAACAGUUGGUGAGAUAAUAAUUGUAUGAUAACUUGCCAUCUAAACGAUUACUUUAAGAUUGUUAGAGAGCAUCCAUUCAAGGGAGAGUGUCAGUGUCUUGUUGAAUAAGAUUAUUUGUUAUUUGUGAAAUGCUUGGAAAGGCAAUGAGAAUUUCUGACUUCUGCAAUGGAAAUUAAAAAUUA